AGAUAACAUUUACUCCCUCCGUCCCCCUAAGAUCUUCUCGUUUUGAUUUUUUGCGGUUUUUAAGGAGAGUUGAAAAAAGGUGAAAGUUUACCAAAAUACCCUUAAUGAAAAUGGGUGGGGUGUAUUAAAUAAGGUGGAAAAGGUGUAAUAAAUAAAGUAAGUGGGGGUAGUUGUGGUAUUUUAAAUGUUAAAAAAGGUAAUGAGAAGAUCUAUGUGGGACAAAUAAAAAGGGUUAAUGGGAAGAUCUAUGGGGGACGGAGGGAGUACAUCUUUGAUCUUGAAAAUUCCCCGUCUACUUUAGCUAAGUGUCUCAUUACCAAAGAGGAAGAAACGUGGCUAUGGCAUCGUCGGAUAGCUCACGUUAACAUGGACCAUCUUAAUAAGUUGGUUUCAAAAGACUUAGUAAUUGGUGUUCCUAAACUUAAGUUUGAGAAGAAUCUAAUUUGUGAUGCAUGUCAAAAGGGGAAGCAAGUAAGGGCCUCGUUUAAGUCAAAGAACGUUGUUUCUACGACUAGGCCAUUACAACUUUUGCACAUGGACCUUUUUGGACCUUCAAGAACUAUGAGUUUAGGAGGUAAUUACUUUGGCUUUGUUAUCGUUGAUGACUAUUCGAGAUUUACAUGGACACUCUUUCUUGCUCAUAAGACAAGGAACACACUUCCACUCUUUCUCCUUCCUUCAUACUAGCCACUGCCCUACCUUCGUUCUUUCACUUCCUAGUUCAAAACAUGUCUCACACCUCCCAAAACAUCACCAAGGAAGAUUUGGUUGCAUCCAAUGCCGAACUCAAAGCUCAAGUUGAGUAUUUGGCCAAACAAGUGGCUCAACUCACUAAAAUGAAGUUGAAGAUGACGGUGACACCCGAGGAAAGUGAAGACGAGCAAGAAGAAGAGUCCCAUGCAGAAACUCCUUCCUCUUCCAUACGAAAGGACAACCAAGAGAAGUCCUCCACUGGUUUCAAGGUUGAAAUCCCAACCUUUGAUGGCAGGGAUGAGCCUGAUGAUUUUAUCGAAUGGUUAGAGACGGUUGAACGCGUCUUUGACUAUGCUGAAGUUCCGGAAGACAAGAAGGUCAAACUUGUGGCCUUAAAAUUCAGAGGCUACGCAUCUACGUGGUGGACUAACACUACCACCAAGCGCAAAAGAAAAGACAAGGCUGCUGUUAAAACAUGGACCAAGAUGAGAGCUUUAUUGAAGAAGAAGUUCAUUCCCACUCAUUAUAUAAGGGAAAACUUUGCUAGGCUUCAACACCUAAGGCAAGGAAAUCAGUCCGUGGAAGAAUACAACCGAGAGUUUGAAGAACUCUUGAUGCGGUGUGAUCUCCAAGAGAAUGACUCGCAAACUUUUGUGAGAUACCUCUUUGGCCUAAACACCCAAAUCGCCAACACAGUGGAGCUGCAAACCUUUGAGAGCCUUGAAGAGUUAACCAAGUUAGCACUUAAGCUUCGUCAUCUUCGUGCUUGGCCCGGCAAUGUGGAUGUCGGCGGAGACGAUGAAGUCCAUGACGAGGAAGGCGUAUGGCAAGCUCCGCUAGGUGGCGAUGGAGGCGCAAUCCGCCCAGUUGAUGGAGGCGCCGUGCAUGAUGGCGUGAAUCGCCUUCAAGUCCUCGUUGAAGAGCGAGGUGUGGCUGCUGUCCCGGGGGUGAAGAAUCCGGGUGAUGAGGUAGAGAAGGAGGCGCUUGUCCGGUGGGGCCGAGUGGAUCGUCGGCGCGCCGCUGUGGCGGAUCAAGUUGGUGAUCCCAAGCUCGCGAAUGACGACCGCCACGUUGUUGAGGAUCCAAUCGUCGCCACCGUACGUCGUGAUGUCGUCACCGCGGAUGGGCAGCCCUGCGAUCCGUGCAAAUGUCGGCAAGUCAAUCUCUAUGUCGUAGAGAUUGAUGCUGCUGUAGAUGGUGUCCCCAUCACGGCGCAGAUUUGAAUAGAAGGCAUAGGCGGGAUUGUAGGAGGUGCGGCUUGUGGAGACGAAGGGCCACAAACCCGACUCUUUGAGUUGAUU